AUGCCUGCUCAGAGUGAGCCUGCUUUUCAGCCUUCUUCAACGUCCGCAUCCCACCUCUUGUCGUCCUCGUCCAGCUCGUCGGGCCUAUAUCCGGCUGAUCGGGCGACUCCGUUAGUGGUUUCGUCAUCAUGCGACGCCGUUCCCACUGAAACCUUGUCUUAUGAGGGUUCUUCUCGGUUUCAUCCCCGCGACAUGGAUACGGAAGGCAAUGAGCAUCCCGGGGCAGGCCCUGAUGCCGCCAACCUAUUCGAGCAGCCACAUCGGCAAGCUGCGCAUCAUGCUCCCCGUCAAACAGCCCCGUCACUUGGAGGCGACCCUGCCCCCGACCAUGCGCUGUCCGCCUUUAUGUCCGUUCCUCGUUACCCGAAUGCCAUCCACGACCAGGCGAGUAUCCCCGUAUCCGAAGUCGUCAAUGCUGUGAUUGAGUCGGGCGAAUACUCUCACCAGCACCGGACGUAUGGCCAGAGCGCCCCGAUUUCAGAGGCCUCCCCGCAGGCAGAUCUGUACAUGUCCGAUUCGGAAAUGACCGACGUCCUGUCGGACUUUGGUGGUGUGCCUCUCAAUGACUAUUCGCUCGAGCGAGUGGAUGGAGCAGGGAUAUUCAACCCGUUCGCUCGCCACGCUCACGUCGUGAGCACUAAUAUCGCGCCCUCGGAGGCCACCGAGGAAGACAGCACCUCGGAUCUAGUAAUGGAAUAUGACCCGCGCAUCUCUCGACAUGAGCCGAUAUCUUUUACGACAACGCAAGAAGACGAUGAUGAUGCGCAGAAAUUUUAUCUAGACCACGGCGGCAAUGGUUAUGACGUUGAGUCUCACGACGAGUCGAUUGAGGAGAACCCGUCGCAUCUAUCCGAAGUUGACUUUGAGGAAUUCUACCACGGCCACGCGUUUGGCUCGCAAGAUUCUGGACUCGAUGAUCCAUUUGACCAAGAGGAUCAUGGCAGCUAUUUUACCGACGCCGACGAGGUCGAAGUUGAACCCGCGACGGAGCAGCAUUUUGCAGAAUCAGCGCAUACAACCACCCAGGAGAGAAAUCUCAAUAUCGAUCAAUUCGUACACCAGUGGAUUUAUCAGUCUUCUACCGCCGCAAUACCAAUGCUCUCGCUUGCGCCGCCUGUGUCGCCUCAAAAUAACCUCGGCAGCAGCCCCUGGUGGGUACCGCCGGCGAGAAUUACACGACCAAGUAGAUAUACAGGGGAUUUCUACGACGUCCAACAGAUCCCCUGGUGGGAGAAGCUGCGAGUCAGGCGCUCAGACGCCCGUAAUUUGCGGGACCAGUGGUAUACGUCCUACCACAAUUUACAGUACAACCGACAGCGGCCUAGUGUCCGACUUUCGGACGAGGAAUUCUACUUUCAGGGCAAGUCGAUGUAUACAGACCACAAGGCGACUAUCGAGCAUUUCCAACUCCGCAACCUGAUGUCUGUCCCGGCCUACAAUACUGUACACUUUUCGUCCAUGUCCAAGGUUUAUUCUUGGGUUCCAGGUUACGAUGAUUUGCAAUGCCUGAUUGAUUUGUCGGUACCCAGUGCGCAGUCUGGUUUUCACCACGCAGUGAAGAUCUCUACCAUGAAAUCAGCCUUUGGAGUUACGAUCGCUGGUGGAUUCAAGGGAGAAUAUGCCAUGCGAGCACACGGCGCUGAAGGCUCGGGAGCUGAAGGCAUCGUGACAAAAGAUGAUAGCGGAAUAACCAACCACGUUGAUAUCAUUUCGAGUCGCACGAAUCGCUCGCCGACUGGGGUCUUCGCUUCCAACGAUAACCACGUGCGGAUAUUGGACUGCGAAACGAACACCUUCCUUGCGGACUAUGAACUUGCGCAUGCAAUCAACUGCACGUCCACCUCGCCCGAUGGGCGUCUACGGGUGAUCAUCGGGGACUCUCCCGACGCCUGGGUCGUCGAAGCAGACACUGGCCGGCCCGUUCAUCCCCUGCGCGGGCACCGCGAUUUCGGGUUCGCAUGCGCCUGGUCUCCGGACAUGAUGCAGAUCGCAACGAGCAACCAGGACAAAACGGCCAUGAUCUGGGACGCGCGCAUGUGGCGUUUGCUCGACAAGUUCGAGUCCGACGUCGCUGGAUACCGAUCCCUACGAUACUCGCCUGUCGGCGGCGGACCGCGCACACUCCUUCUCUGUGAGCCCGCAGACAGGAUCGUAAUCGUGAACGCACAAACCUACCAAACCCGGCAGGUCCUCGACUUCUUUGGCGAAGUCGGCGGUGCAGAUUACUCGCCCGACGGCAGCACGAUCUGGGUAGCAAACACAGACGAGGACUUUGGAGGAUUCAUGGAAUACGACCGGCGCCAGUGGGGGCAGGCGCUGGGGAUGCAGCCGUCGCCCAAUGAGUGGGUUAAGGAGACCGAGCUCAAGGAGGAUGAGCGCUGUACACUGAAUGAUCGAGAGCGGCACAUGCGGUUCAUGUGGACUGCGUGUGAUGAGGAGCAUGAGGAGUUGCUACUGUUUUGA